CAUAAAUAUAUCAAAGCUUAAAAACUACCUGUUAUGCAACAACACAUCUUUCUCUUUCUUCAGAAAUAUGAGUCGGAUCUCUAGAAUUAGCGAUGCUUUAUAUCUGAAAAAACUUUUAGAGAGAGAUAAUUUUGAGUCUAAAGCGCUGUUCGUUUGGUUGCCGCAGCUACCUGCGUCAGCGUCGGCGGCAAUUUUUUUUAAAAAAUCAUGUUCGUUUGGUUGACGCAGAAGCUGCGUCUGACGUUGCGUCCGAACGCCGCGUCUUGCGGCUUGACGCCGAUAAAACCCGCGGUCGCGACGUAAAAUAUGCGGCAAGUAAGUCAAUUUACUAUUCUGCCCUUAAUAUUUUUCAUUAAGUAUACCUAACCCUAGAUUGACGCUGCCGCAUCUCGAAUUGACGCAGAUUUAAUUUCUCUCGAUCUCAUCUCUCUCGAUCUACAUCUCUCUCGAUCUCAUCUCUCUCGAUCUCGUGCUUCCUCCAUCUCGAGCUCUCUCAAUCUCGAGCUCUCUCCAUCUCUGAAGCAUACCCAUCUCUCUCUCUCUCCCUCUCUCUCUCUCUCUCUAUCUCUAUCUCUCUCUCUCUCUCUCUCUCUCUCUCUCUCUCUCUCUCUCUCUCUCUCUCUCUCUCUCUCUCUCUCUCUCUCUCUCUCUCUCUUCUCCGACCUCUCUCUUCUCCGACCUCUCUCUUUUCCGACCUCUCUUUUCUCUGAGCUCUCUCUUCUCCGAGCUCUCUCUCUCUCUCGAGCUCUCUCUCUCUCUCUCGAGCUCUCUCUCUCGAGCUCUCUCUUCUCCGAGCUCUCUCUCUCUCUCUCAAGCUCUCUCUUCUCCGAGCUCUCUCUCUCGAGCUCUCUCUUCUCCGAGCUCUCUCUCUCGAGCUCUCUCUUCUCCGAGCUCUCUCUCUCUCUCUCUCUCUCUCUCAAGCUCUCUCCUCUCCGAGCUCUCUCUCGUGCUCUCUAUUCUCCGAGCUCUUCUCCGAGGUUUGUGUAAAGCCGUUGCUCCUCUCAAGUCACUCUCUCGAGACCCACCCUCUCAAGUCACUCUCUCGAGACCAUCUCAAGCUCACUCUCUCAAGUCUCAGACCCUCUCAAGUUCAAGGAGACAUACUUUGUGAUUUUGCCAUUGUUCAGUUUCGGUAUCUGGAAAGGUUGUUACUUGUUCAUGAACAUUGGUGUUAUAGACGAAUAGCAAUUGAAGCUGUGUCUGUGUGUCUCAAGCUCUCACAAGCUUCGUCUGUCUCUCACUCUCUCCUAACCUUCUUCACCAGAUAAAGCAGCCUUGAAUCUAGCUCCACUCGCGGUCAUAGUCUUUAAGGCUCUCUCGUCUUAAGCUCACACGCUCAAGUUCCUCUCACUUCUUAAGAUGGCAAAAUAUACUUGGCCUCCUGAGGAAAUUAGGUAUUUUUUCCAACUCUAUGCGGAAGAGAGAAACAAAGGAAAUAAAGUUGGUACAUCAAUGAAUAAAGUGGGGCAAAAGAACAUCAUGGAGGCGUUUGAACAGCGGUUUAAGAAAAAAUUUCCGGAUUGGAAGCCCUUCAAGAACAAAUACGACACCAAUAGGAAGAAAUACAUCAAGAUUAGGACUCGGACUCAAAAUAGGACAGGGCUUGGGUUUGAUAACAUGGGAAGGAUUGACAUGUCAGAUGAUUGGUGGAAUGAACGCGAAAAGGAGUGUUCUGGGAUUAGAAAAUCCGUAUGCAAAGAGAUUGAUAAUAUGGAUAUGUUUGAAGCGGAAUUUGGUGGUGUAGUAGUAACUGGAGCUGAAGGAUGGAGCGCUCAACAUGGAGAAGCAAGUUUGGAUUCUAGAGUGGGUGGAGAUGAUGGUGAUGAUGAAGCUGAUUCUCAGCCAGCAGCGGAGACUCAAGCAUUGGAGACAGAAACCCUGCCAGCUCAGCGCAAAACACAGCCAGCAGCUCAGACUCAUUCUGGGAGUUCAAGAGGAAAAAGAAAGCGUAAGGAAAAAGAUAUGGUUGUGAGGCUUGUGUGAAACGGACUGAAGCUCUUGAGGUGAAGAACAGGAUUGCGGAACGGAUGUUGGAGCGUCAAGAAGCUUCUAGUGUUGAGAAUGUGUUAGAGAUACUGAAUGCAUUGCCUGAAGUGAGAGAGUGGUCUCCAUUAAAUGAAGCAGCAAUGGAACUUCUUAUAGAUAGUGAAGGGAACCGAAGAGCUUUUAUAACAAUGAAGACAGAUGAAGCUAAGAUUAGGUUUCUUGAGCUUAGGACCAAGAUGAAACGGGAUGAUUGAGUAGUUUGUGAUCUUAGGACAAAGAUUAGGUUGCUGGAACUAGUGUGGAGCUUAGGACUAGUCUUUUUUUUUUGCUGAUCUUACUGGAACUAGUAUGGAGCUUAGGACUAGUCUAUUUUUUUUUGUGAUCUUGCUGGAACUAGUAUAGAGCUUAGGACUAGUCUUUUUUUGUGAUCUUGUUGGUCUGAUCUUUGUAUGAAACUAUGCCUUUUGUGGCUUUAUAAAUUUUAUAAUCAGUUAUGUGAUCUUAGUGUGAUAUGUGUAUUAAGUUUUAGUGUCAUUUCAACAUGCAUUAUUUGCUAUCUGAUUAUCCAUCUAGCUUUUGUUUUCAUAUUUACUAUCAAGUCUGUAUUACAACUAUGAUAUAGAUUUGGAAAACAUGAAUUUUAAAUGGCUACAAGAGGCUAUGCUAUAAUUGUAAACUUGAUUCUUGUAGCAAAGGAUUUAGUAAAAUCUUUGACGCUUAGUUCAUGUAAUGAAGUGAUUACGCUCAGAGCCUUUAUGUUUGCAGGACUGAUUCUUAUGUCUUGUUAUGAACAUGUCUUCUAAACAUGAUUUGGUCUCAUUAUCUUGUUUCCAUUUUGAGUAUCAGAUAUUGGUCUUGUUACAGUUUACA